AUGACGACGGUCGUCGUCCGCGCGGUCGCGCACCCCCGCGCUCGCGCGCGCGUCCUCGCGUCCACGUCCGCGUCCGCGUCCGCGUCGGCGACGGCGACGCGCGCGGCGGUCAAGGUUCGACGCGCGAACGAGUCCGACGUCGCCGCGGUGGCGAACAUACUGAGCGGCGCCGCGCUGGAGAUGGCGAGCCCGCCGCCGCUGAGCUCUCUCAAGUCAUACGCGCGCCUCGCGUGCGCGGCGGCGCCGGAGGACGAGCUCGCGCUGGUCGCGGAGCUCCCGGACGACGAGCUCCCGACCACCUCGGCCCCCGACGUCGUCGGCGUCGUCGGCGUCGUCGGCGUCCUCUUCGACCGCGAGCUCAAGCCGCACGAGAUGCGCCUCGACCCCUCCACCGCCUACGUCACGAACCUCGCGGUGUCGCCGCGCUGCCGUCGCCGAGGCGCGGGGCUGUCUCUCCUGAGAGCCGCGGAGGACGCCGCGAGAGACGCCGGGUUCGAGACCGUCGCGUGCCGCGUCGAGGAGACGAACGUCGCCGCGAGGGCGAUGUACGACGGGCUCGGGUACGACGCGCACGAGCCGGCGCGAAUAGGGAAGUUUCGACGUCUGAUGGCGGCGCUGUACGCCGGCGCGGGGGCGGCGCACUUCUACGACGCGGUGAUUGGGAGCGGGACGCUGCUCAAGAUGGCGGGCGCGCCCGCGUUCGCGGCGAUGAGCGAGACGCAGAGGGCGGCGGUGGUGCUGUGGUGCGCCGCGGGGCCGGCGGCGCUCGCGUCGGAGAGACUCGGGGGGAAAACCGCCGCAGUCGUCGGCUUGGCCUUCUACGGCGCCGUGGAGGUUGGGCUCGCCGCGAUGUGCGCGAAGUAUUACGGCGCGAGCGGGGGGGACGCGGCGACGGGCGCGGUGUGCGUGCAGGCGGUGGUGUUCGUGUGUUAUCAACUCCUCGCGCCGAGGCAGGCGGCGGGGAUGCUGACGAUCGCGAGGAAGUUGUGAUUGAGGAAGUCGAGCGCGCGAAGAUGCAAAACACGGCGUCGUAUGAUAUGUAUCAUAGGUACACUACGCGC